CACUGUUUUUACCAGUUUUUAUUUUUUGUGUGUUUUAAAUUGUGCAAAACUGUAACCGAAGUGGUUUUAUAUCUGUUUAAAUAUCGCUAAAAGAAUACCCUAAUACGGUUUCCGCCAAAUGUGAGCUACUAUUUAGACUGUGGUGUGAAAAAUUUCAUUGCCAAAAGGGGAUGAAGAGUAUACUAGUGCCAAUUUUUACGACAAGACGUAUAUCCCGCGCUAUACGAUAUUCGCGCUAUUGCUAAUUAGUGUUGUGGCGGGCGGCCUAUUUUCGUUUAUCUACGCGUGCUUAGCGCCUGUGGAAACUCAUAAAGUAAAAACAUUUGGUUCAAAUAAUUAGAUUAUAUUAUUGAUAAAAUGAAUAAUGCCAUAUGCAAGGGUUUGUGCUCGCCGAUGAGGAGUUUGGCAAAUUUGAGAAGAGCUAAAGCGAUAUCAACCUCAAUAGUGCACAAUGAAACUAUAUUGGUUAAGAAUAAUGAAGAAUUUGUUAAUAAGGUGAUGAACAAUGAUAAGCCAGUUAUAGUAAAUUUCCAUGCGGAGUGGUGCGAGCCGUGCAAGAUCCUCACACCCAAGCUGAAGGAACUGAUAGAACCGCUGGACAAUUUGGACCUGGCUAUUGUAGAUGUUGAGGAGAAUGCAGAUCUAGUGCAUACUUUUGAGGUAAAAGCAGUUCCAGCUGUUAUAGCUGUAAAAAAUGGCCUGAUCGUAGAUAAAUUUAUAGGACUAGUGGACGCAGACAUGAUCACAAACCUUAUAGACAAAAUGUCCGGUAAGAAAACUAACUCAUAAUCUACAUGUUUACAUUAUUAGUAGAUAUCUGUUUAUUAAAUGACUUAACUUCAUGUUAAUUAGAAAAAAAACUGAAAUGUCAAAGAUAAAAAUAUUAUACAACUUAUAUUAUAUGUAACUUUACUUGAUUAUAAGUAAGCAGCUAAGUAUUAUGUCUCUUUUUAAUUCUUGCCAAUCUUUUAGUAUGGUCUUUGGUGUUUUUUAAUGAGUAAAAUUACACAAAUAUAAAAUAUUUUGUUUGGAUUUCAUAUCAUAGUACAAAUUGAAUAAAUUCUUUAUAUUGUUAUAUAUAAAUGUUCUCUAAAUGCCAUAUAUGAGGCAAAGUGUAGUUAUAGUUAAAUGCUGAAAAAAUAAAUUAAUUACAUAAUCUAUAUAAAAACCUUAAUUAAAUUUGAAAUGAGAACAAUAUAUUUUGUUGAAAAUAAUUUUAUAGUUAAUUUUUAUAGAUUUUGUACCUUACGCUUAUUUUCUGUUAUGCUGACAAAGAUUUUUUUUAAAAGAGAGUAUUUAAUUUUGUUAAUCACAUUGUAAUAAAUUAGUAUUUUAAAGCUAUGUUUUGUUCUAAAAAUGGCAGUAUUUUGGCUUAUUUGUAUCUGUUAAAGUUGGCAACACUGAUUGCAGAGCAACAAAUUAAAAGCAAUUAAAAGGUUUAAGCACAAUUUCUUUUUUUUUUGUAUAAGACAAGUUAAAUUACAUGCAAAUAGUUAUUUAUUGUUUUUGAAUUUUUUUUUCACGUCUUUCUGUCAAAUUGACUCAAACAUUUGCUAAUCUGUGCUUAUUUGUGUUGACUGAAUAAAGUAAGUGUUACAAGAAAUAUUUUUUAUAUAAAAAUGUAGUUAUAGUAAUGAUGUAAAAUGUAUUGUU